UUGGAGGCGGGGACGUGCACCGGGAGGUUCGGUGUGCAUCUUCCUAGUCUCCUCUGAGCCGUAGUCUUUAACACCUGUACCUCCGUGUCUCCCACUUUUCAGCUGUCACAGGGUAUUCUCUUGAGUUCACAGGAAUUUUGACAGACCUUUCAUCUGGAAAUAAGUGGCAUUAUAAACAUACCCUGACUGGUGUGGCUCAGUGGAUUGAGCACCGGACUGUGAACCAGAGAGUCACAGUCUAUCAUAAUUGAAGAAAAAUGAUGGAAGAGAGUGGAAUAGAAACAACACCACCUGGGACGCCUCCACCAAACCCUGCUGGACUGGCUGCUGCUGCUGCUGCCAUGUCUUCCACCCCUGCUCCUUUAGCUACAACCAGUUCUUUUUCUUCUCCAAAUGUACCUUCUAUGCAGUCCUUGCCACCACUCGCAUACUCCACCCCUCAGCCAUCCGUUCCUCCUGUGGGGCCUUCAGCAUCGUUGCCUUUUGUGCCUCCUUCCUCAGUUCCUUCUCCACCACUUGUUACUGCUGUAACACCUCCCGUUCCUCCACCAACUGCUGCUGCCUUCAGUAAUCCUCCUUUAUCCCACUUCCCAACUUCAACUUCUGCCCCGAGUACUCCUCCAUCUGCGCCCCCUCCGGGUCCUCCUACAUCAGGAUUUUCUGUUGGCUCAGCAUAUGACAUUACAAGGGGACAUGCAGGAAGGGCUCCCCAGACACCCUUGAUGCCGUCAUUUUCUGCACCUCCAGUAACAGGUAUUUUGCCAGCCCCUAUUACUCAGCAAGCCAGUCUGACAUCUCUAGCCCAGGGAGCUGGAACCACAUCCGCCAUUACAUUUCCAGAGGAACAAGAAGAUCCUAGAAUUGUGAGAGGUCAGGAUGAAGCAUCUGCUGGUGGACUCUGGGGUUUUAUUAAGGGUGUAGCCGGCAAUCCUGUGGUGAAAUCUGUGCUUGAUAAAACAAAACAUUCCGUAGAAAGUGUGAUUACAACGCUGGACCCUGGCAUGGCUCCAUACAUCAAGUCUGGAGGUGAACUGGAUAUUGUUGUGACCUCAAAUAAAGAAGUCAAAGUUGCUGCUGUGCGGGACGCCUUCCAGGAGGUCUUCGGCUUAGCUGUGGUCAUGGGGGAAGCCGUUCAGCCGAACAUUGCCCCACAACCAGUGGGCUAUGCAGCUGGGUUGAAAGGAGCCCAGGAGCGGAUAGAUACCUUGCGUCGAACUGGAGUGAUCCAUGAGAAACAGAUUGCUGUGUCAGUGGAAAACUUUAUUGCAGAAUUGCUACCUGACAAAUGGUUUGAUAUCGGUUGUGUGAUAGUUGAAGAUCCUGUUCACGGCAUUCAUCUAGAAACAUUUACACAAGCGACACCUGUGCCUUUGGAAUUUGUGCAACAGGCUCAAAGUCUGACUCCCCAGGACUACCAUCUAAAGUGGUCAGGCCUUUUGGUGACAGUGGGAGAAGUCCUGGAAAAGAGUUUAGUAAAUGUCAGCCGGACUGAUUGGCACGUGGCUUUCACUGGUAUGUCACGUCGACAGAUGAUCUACAGUGCAGCCAAAGCAGUAGCAGGCAUGUAUAAACAGCGCCUACCACCCAGGACCGUGUGAGAGAAGACUUACCUAGGAUGCUGAGAUGUCCUCACUUUGACCUUGGUGGUAAAGAAGAGAUUUUACUUUCUUAAAUUGGAUACCUUCAAUAAUCCAGCAGUUUUGGUUAUUUUACUGUAGGCUACAGUUUUACUUUCCCUUUAGAAAGGCAUGGGUUUAUGUUAGUAGAUGAGACAGAUCCUUUUUAUGAUCAUAGUUUCAUGGAGUAUAGUUGUCAAAAGAAAUACACGGUAUAAAUAUUUUUGUAGGCCAAUUUGAUAUACCAAAUUUAUAAGGUGCAAAUUCAUGUGUUAAGACAUUUAAUUUAAAGAUAUGUACUUGAUUUUUUUUAAGAAAACAGUUAAUUAAAGGACAUGUUUAUUGAAUAUUCUUUAAAAGCAUUGUUUCUUUUAAUUCAAGAUUAAUCUCUUCUCAGUCUUUGAGGGUUUUUCUGUGUGCCCAUGAUCUCAGGUCUGAUGCUGAGCAGUGUGCUCAACAAUUUACACUAAAAUUCCUACUCCCAGGGAGAUGGUGCACAUUUUUUAUGCGUAUUUUUAACAUGGGCAAAAAUAACAGAUUUGAUCACUUCCUUUUUAGUUAUCAUAAACACACAUAGUCCAAAUAAUUCUACAUUUUUCUUUUUUUUUUAAAUAAGUUUGGGGUAUUACAGAUUUAUACUCUGAACAUUAGGGUAAUACAUUUUAUUUUUUGAUUGCUGUGUCAAAUCAUUUGACAACUAAAUGACAAAUGAUUUGAAUAUUUUUUAAAUUGGAAGCAUUUGGAUUAUUAAACUAACAACAGCCAUUAUUUCUGUUCCUACUCAUAUUUUCCCACUGUAAUAGAAAAAAUUUUGAGAGGGAAGGAAAUUACUUUGUUGUUCAUGGGAUUAUAUGUCUCUUAUUUUAAUUAACAUUACUUCUUACUAAGUUUUCCUUAAACACUGCUUUUCUAACUUUGUGGGCCUUCUGCCUUUACUUUUUAUGGAAGUUUCAAAGAAACUCUUCUAUAUUCAACUUGGUUUAUUUAGUCCAUUAUGUUGAUACUUAAUGAAAGCUUCUUUUUUUCCCAAAUAUAUUUACCAUUUUUGGAUUUAUAUAAAUCAAAAUUAAAUAGUCUUAACACUUUUGAACUCUAUAUAUGCAAAUUCAAAUAACUUUUCAAGGAUAGUUUAUCUUCAUAUAAAAAUGUAAUUUAAUUUUUAUUUACUCUUCUAUGCAGUUCCUUCAAUUUAAAAGAAUUAGCACAAUCUUACUAAGGGUGUUGAAGCUCUUAUCCUGCACUGUCAUUACAUGUAAGGUUUGCUUUGUUUUGUUUUUCCUCUGUUUUUAUUUUAUUACCCGGGGAUGAGAUGAAUAAGUAUUAAUUUUCCAACUAUAGUAUAUAUUAGUUUUCAAGCACUACAAUAAUUAUUCAGUGAAAUUCAGACUUGUGUGUCAUUAAAAGUAAUGAGAAAAAGAUAAAACCAGUUGUUGUGGCAUUAUAGGGACAGAAUGCUUUUUUCUCCCUCUUCAUUUGAAGUUUAUGGAACAGGUCAUCUGUGUUUUUUCCGUUUUCCAUAAGUAAGGGAAGCCUUUCUUUAUCAUUUGUGUUUAUCCUUUAUUUUCAAAAACUACUCUUUUCUAACAGUAUUUUUUCAUGUCAUGGCCUGAUGACUCACUAAUUACAGUUAUGGAUAAAGGAAAGUAUACUUGUUACAAUGUUUUUUCUCCUCCACUUCUGUUAUUGGGAAAUUUCACAGAUCCUAAAAGUAAUUCCUUAUCUCUCACAUGCCACAGCAACGUUAACCAGGCGGUCUGCUAAUGUUGGUCUUUUGGCCUAAGAUGCUGACCCAUCGAUCUGAGACCAUGGUUCCCUUUACCCAUAAUCCAGCUGGUUCUUUUUUUUCUGCUCAUUCUUUUACAGCUCCCACACUAGCAUCUCUUAGAGUUGGACUGGAGGCUAUUUGCUUUAUUCUCCCUCAAGCUUCUUAGGAAAGAGCUCCAGGGAACUACUUACUGAAUUUUAUAAGCUUGUACAUGUCUUUGUUUCAAUUAAGUAGUGAGAAAGAGAGCAGGAAGAAAUGCAAGAAGAGUGAUUUAACACCAACAUCAGUUGACAGAGGUACCCAGAUUGCUCAGUGCAAGGUUUUCCUGUGACUACGUCUGUCCAGUAACCCUGGGCCUACACUGUGCCACAGAUCUCUGAAGUUGGUAAAGCUUUCGGCAGUACUAGUUUUCUCUUCCGAGUCUCUUACUGUUUUUACUUCCCCAUUCUUCAUUCCUCUCUCUCUCUCAAGGAUCAAUGAGGUAAGAAAUUGAGGUGAAUGAAUAUAGAUAAAAUGGUAGUAUGAUAGCAAGUCUAAGUAGAUAAGUGUACAGAUGAAUGUCGAUUAUGUACCUCUAUUAAAAUUAUGCAAAUUAGUAAUAUACUCAGGGUCAACCAAAUUACUUUAAUAUGUUGUUGGAUUUACAGCUAGAAAAAAAAUUCUUAACAGGAAUCUGUAUUCUGUGAAGCCAGACUUUCUAUGUUCUAAAAGGUGUUGGGUUAUGCAUAAAUUAUUAAGAAACGUAGAUUUUUACUCCCUGAAUAUGGUGUUCAUUUUUAAGGUACUAUGCAAGAUGAUAUAUUGGGUAAAACCAACUUUGUAAGUAUGUAAAUAUGUCAUAAAUAAAUAAUACCUCUACUUA